GAAAAUUUGGCAAUUAAAUUGAAUCUGUGAAUAUUAGAGUUUAACAAUGAAUAUAAACUUGCCGAAUUUUAAUAUGAAAAACCUCGUUAAAGAGGCGGGCAGCACAAUAUCGCGAGUGGUGCAGCUGACGGAGGAAAAGUUGGGCACCACAGAGCGCACCGAAUAUGAUUUACACUUCCAAAGUCUGGCCGAACGCGCGGAUGUGACAAAGUCAUGGACCGAGAAGAUUGUGCGGGACACAGAAUCGGUGCUCAUACCGAAUCCACAGAACCGUGUGGAGGAUUUUAUAUUCGAAAAAAUAGAUAAAUCGAAGCCUAAGCGCCUCAGCAACUUGGAGCAUUUGGCAUUGAAUAUGAUAGAAGCGGGUGGCGACUUCGGCCAGGAUAUGCCUUAUGGACAGGCAUUAAUAAAGGUGGGUCAAGCUGAGCAGAAGCUGGGCCAGCAUGAGCAUGAUUUCAUAGCCACCUCGGGAAUUUGCUUUACGCAACCAUUGCGCAAGUUUCUUGAAGGUGAGAUGAAGACAAUAAGCAAGGAGCGCGGCAUACUGGAGACUAAACGCUUGGACUUGGAUGCCUGCAAGAAUCGUGUGAAGAAGGCACGCAGCAUGCUGGGUCAGCAGGCGAAAGAUGGCAUUUCGCCAGAGGCUGUCUUGGAACAGGCCGAACGUGAUUUGCGUGUGGCACAGGCCGAGUUCGAUCGUCAGUCGGAGAUAACUAAGCUACUGCUGGAUGGCAUUAGCACAUCUCAGGCAUCGCAUUUGCGGCAUCUUCAUGCCUUCAUACAGACACAGGUGCGCUACUACAAGCAGUGUGGCGACGUCAUGGAGCAAUUGCAGCGCGAAUUGGCCAAAAUGCAGCCAGCCAAGCCGCGCCUGCGCAUCAAUAGCGAAGAUGUCGACGGGCCUCCCAGCAUUGCUUCGGCGCAUUCUUUUGACUCUGAUACAACUUCCAUUGCACUAGCACUAGCUGUAGAAAGCGAUCACGAGUCUGAUAGUGAUAGUGCGCAUUUAUAUCGCAGCAUAGACAUUGGCCAAGCCAAGGCGCUCACACAUCUGCUGGAAGAGUUUGAAAUUGAGUUCGAUACGAGCGCCAUAACAACAGUUAUUUUUGUAGCUGAAUGCUCACCCAUUAAUGAGGAUUACAUGUACGGCAAGCAGGGUCUGAUGAAGGGCUUGGUGCCUCGUGCUUUUGUCGAGAUGCUUGAUGAUGAGCACGAUGUUACACUCUAAGUUAAGCUCUAAGUGGCAUUUCAGCAAAAUUAACACAAAUUGGCAAUUUGUAGUACAUAAUCGAACAAAAAUACGCUUCAUCAUAAAAUACUCAUAGAUGUUUAGCGAAAGGCAAAUGAGACAAUUACAUAGUUCAUACAUGAAUACAUAUGCAGAUUAUGCAAGAGAGUACAAUAAUUUAUCAGAAUAUACAUAUACUAUACAUAUAUAUAUUAUAUUAGUUGGUAUAGCCAGAUUGAAAAUGAGAAAAGAGUAAGCAUUGCCUGCACUAGCUUAAUCCCCUGUGUUUGAUAUGCUCCACUAAAGUGCAUUCCAGCAACAACUAAAAUCCAUAUAGGCUCAUCACAACGCAUUCCUGCUACUUGCUCAGCUUCAUUUAGCCAAUAACUAAUUAUAUACACACAUAUAUAAAUACUAUAUAUAUACACGCAAACACUAUAUAUACAAAUAUUUAAUGAAUCUCCUGUUAAACGCUAAAC